CAAAGUAAGAGUUUCUUAAGCAUAAGAUAGCCGAAGGUCCAAUGGAUUCUCUACAUGAUGGAACCCUCUGUUCCAGAAAAAGAGGUCAGAUGAACGUCAAUGGAGAAUCGUUUCAUGGUUUCUUCAAACGGAUCAAACAAGGAGAUCAGACACAAGCCCAACUUGAGAAGAACACUACUCUGUUCUAUCAAAGAACAAAGUCAGAGAACGCCAGGUUGAUAAAGCCUGAUGUUCAGCUUCACCUAGAUACAAAGGCUCAUACAGAGACAUCUAAAGAUCGUAGGACAUACGUGGACCUUGAGCUAAAUCUUUCUUUAUCAGCAAGUUCCACAGUGGAAAAAAUCACGAAGAAAGACGAAUGUCCAAAAGGAAAAACUUUGAUCAUGACACCAAGUAAUAAAGGAAAAACAGGGGUUAUAGGGCUAAGCCGGUCCCCUUCUUGGCUAGCGUUUGAAGGUAAUGAUGAUAAUGAUGAUGAGAAGAAGCAAGAGAUGGUAACAACGGUGUGCAUGAAGUGUCACAUGCUGGUAAUGCUCUGCAAAUCAACUAUGGUGUGUCCCAACUGCAAGUUCAUACACCCUGAUGAUCACAGCUCCACAAAAGUGUUUAAGCCUUUGAGUUUGUUUAAGCUUUUAUGCUAGGCUUUUGCCGUUUGAGGGUAUGUAUGUUGAUUCUAGUUAAUGGGUCUAGUAAGAAUUAAUGUGAAACUAGAUAUGUAUAUACAAGUGCUGAUAAGUAUUAUCCUGUGCUUAUAUAUGAAUUUGCUAUCAACUUAUAUGUUAC